CCCCGCGGUGUGGCGGGCACGCACGCCGACGCUCGCGAUAUUUGCGGGAGGGGAGAGGGAUGAGCGAGAUGCUACUACGGAGCGCGUCCUCGCCGCUGCUCAACUACGCGCGCGCGCCGGCGGAGCACGGCGGCGUGGGGCACGUCGCUGUGGUGUCGCCGAGGCAGGGGGCAGCGCUGGACCGGGCGAUGUCCGAGGGGGACCUCGCGGCGCCGCGAGUACCCGCCGUGAGGGGUAGGAAGAACGAGGGACACAGCACGGCGCCGAGGCCGCCGCUGUCGGUGUCCUCGUCCUCUUCCAUCGCCGUCGAGAAGGAGGUCGCGGUCGCGGGCGCGCCGCUGCGCCGGCUGCUCACGAGCACGGGGCUGGACGUGGCCGCGUCCGCAGCGCGGGAGGCCGCCGCGCUGGCGCUCGUCGAGGAGGGCGUCGGGGGAGGUGGCGGCGGCGGGAAGGCAUGCGGCGGCGGCGGCCAGGGCGGCGACGGUGGGGACAGCCGCGCGGCCACCGACGCGCACUACAGACGGAUGAUCGAGGCCGACCCGGGCAACUCGCUGCUGCUCGGCAACUACGCCAGGUUCCUCAAGGAGGUGGAGGGGGACGCGGCGAGGGCACAGGAGUACUGCGAGCGCGCCAUCCUCGCGAACCCCGGCGACGCCGAGGCGCUGGCGUUCUACGCGGGGCUCGUCUGGGAGACCAGCCGCGACGCAGACCGCACCGAUGCCUACUACAACCGCGCCGUCCAGGCCGCGCCUGACGACUGCUAUGUCCUGGGCUCCUACGCCGGGUUCUUGUGGGACGCCGAGGAGGACGAUGAGGAGAACGACAACACCGGGCCGCUGCCACCGCCUUCACCGUUCUUGGGUGCAGCUCACCCUCCAUCCGUCACAGCGGCCUCUUAGGUGAACCGGAGAUCUCACCACGAGCAAGCUGGAUCUGGAACUUUGUGAAGAGCAACAUGCGAGGAGUCACGGCAAGCCAGGCCUCUCCGACGAGUCACCGCCGGCUCGCUGCCGCUUGUGAACUAAAUCCGGCCACAUGUAAAACUUACUGAAUCUGGAAGAGCACCAAGUGUCUAAGGUUGCCAUGGGUAGAAUUAAUCUGCAGGUCUAUGUGAUAGAUUCAUAUACAGCUUGUGACUGCAGAGCUUGUACAUGCAAAAUGUUCUUGAUCAGUUGUGUAUCAGUAUCAGUAUCACCUGUGAAAUAAACGUCAGAAUCGUUUGUUCCA